AUGGAAACAGAUGACUUCCAACAACUCAGUUCUGAUAUACUUCGAAAAUGCAGUAGUCUAGCAUUAAAUAUGAACAUGUUACCUAUGACGUUUUCUUUAUUAUCAAAACUUUUAUCAUAUGAUUCUGUAGAUAUUAGAAAUAUAUUAUUACUAGGUAAUGCAUAUUUGAAAAAUAGAAAUUAUAUUAAUGUCAUACACUUGUUAAUGGAUGCUAUCAAUUCAAAAAUGGACUAUAUUGUUAAUGAUUAUAGACUUUGGAAACAAUUGGCUUUUGCAUAUUAUAAAUUAAAUAAAUAUGAUGAUGCACACCACGCUAUAGCGCAAGCUUUAAGCUCCGUAUCGUCACCUAGAUUAGCUUAUGAAAGACAACAAGCAAAUUUAGAAUAUACUUCUUCUUCAUAUGCAAAAAAAUUCAUCAAAGGGAAUAUAAAUACAACAUUUAAUUCUUUUAAUCCUAAUACUACUACUAAUAGUAUUCCUGGUAAUGUGGGAAAUGACGAACUAAACACAAAGUCUACCAAUAAUACCAACAUCAAUAAUAACACUACUAUUAGCAAUGAUGAGAAUAAUACCAGUAAACAUAUUAUACCAUAUACUGUCUUACUGCCGAAAAAAGAAGAGGAAACUUUGAAAUAUAAAAUUUUUGUAUUAAAUUGUAGAAUUUCCUUAUUAGCCUCCGAAAAGACUCAUUCCAUAUCUUUAUUACUUUCUGAUUUCCAAAUGGCAUUAUCACAAAUCGAUUUUCAUAAAAAUACAUCAUUGUACUUAGAAGUACUGAUCACGAGAGCACAAAUGUUCCGCAAAUAUAAUGUAGUGGAUAAAUGUAGACAAGAUUUGAUCCAAUGUUUAACUAUUCUAAAUGAAAAUAAAGCGAGGUUUAAAAGAGAAGAUCUCUCACAUAAGGUUGCGUAUUGUUAUUAUUUUCUAAUUACUGUGGAAUUCUUACAUAAUUCAGAUUUUGAACUGGCUUUAAAACUAAUCAAAGAAGUUCAUACCAAUUUUCAAUUACCUGCCUUUUACUUACAAAAAUUUCUUAUAUUGGAAGCGUAUAUAAGAACAAUUCACAACCCAAAAGAUGGGAAAAAUUUUGUAGAAAGGUUAAAAAUGGAGAUACCAAUCAUUACUGACACAGUUAAACCAAAAUUCUUUUAUGCAUUAGGUAGAUUAGUCUUACAAAAUUCAACUGAUGAAGAUAUUGAGACUACCUACAACUAUUAUCAAGAUGCAUUGAGUAUUAUACCUACAGAUCCGAUAAUUUGGAUAUCAAUAGCUUCACUUUAUUUUGAUCUAUGCCAAUAUGAAGAUGCAUUAUCCACAUAUUUACAAGCAGCUGGUCUAGCUUCCUCAAGUGAAAUUUUACAAAGCUGUAGUAUAUUUGAAGUUAAAUUUUAUAAAAAAUUUGCUGCUUUAGCCUGGUUUGGUAUAUCACAGGUAUAUUGUGCUACGAACCAAAUAAAUAACGCUAUUUCUGCCAUUAAUGAAGCUAUAAAUAUCUUCAGAAUGGAAAAAGAUAAAAUGCAUAUUAAUGAAUUAGAAACAAUCAAAGGCAGACUACAGGAUUCACAAAUUAAGUAUAGACGUUUGAAAGAAUCAAGGACAGUUCAAGAAAUAAUAAAUAGCGAAGAAGGGCUCUCAGAUAGUGAAAAGAGUUCUUCCUCAACAUCAAAGAAAAAUGUUAAAAUAGAUUAUACAAUUCCUGAUGUUCCAUUUGAACUUCUAACAGAAUUUGAAACAUAUCAAGAUCAACAAGUAUUUACUUGUGAAUAUGAAUUGGAUCCUGUUAACAUCACAGAUCCUGAAUUGGAUAUCAUUAUUGACAAUAUUCAAAUGUCGCAAAGUCAACAUACACCGGUAAUAGUAUCGAAUAAUAUUUCUCAAUUAGUUGAUACAAAUGCAAAUAGCUAUCCGUAUGGAUUAGGUUAUAGACCUCUCAAUUACACAGAAAAUACAGUUACGUAUGGAGCACCUAUAAACACUAUCCAACUGGUUCCUAACCAAGUUUUUUUUCCAACUAUGUGUCCAGACUCUAAAAAUACUGGGUUUGAAAAUACUACAAUAUCUGAUCCAGAAGCAUAUCCUGACGCUAAUAAAUUUAUGAUUAUUCCACAGGAAAAACAAAAUGGCAAAAUGUCAUUCAUAACUCAUAUUGAUCAUCCACUCACUGCUGAUGUUAGCAAUGAAAAUACUAUAGAAAGAUAUAAUACCAUUACUAAUAAUAACUCUCCCAUGAUGUAA